GCCACCACGACAUAACGUCAAAACCUGUAACUACUGAUCAUAUGACAGCAGCCUCCUAAGUGGAACAGUACGGUUGAGUUUUUCGAGUCUUUUGCACGAAAAAAUGGCGAGUCAGACCCAGGGAAUUCAACAACUACUUGCUGCGGAAAAGCGAGCGGCGGAAAAAGUGUCGGAAGCCCGAAAACGUAAAGCCAGGAGGCUCAAACAGGCCAAAGAAGAGGCUCAGGAUGAAAUCGAGAAAUACCGCAAAGAACGUGAACGUCAAUUCCGCGAAUUCGAGGCUAAACACAUGGGCUCGAAGGAGGGCGUUGCUGCUAAGAUCGAGGUGGAGACCAAACAGAGGAUCGAUGAUAUGAACAGGGCUAUAGCUAGCCAAAAGGGUCCUGUAAUCAAUGAUGUCUUGGAUUUGGUUUAUGAUAUUAAGCCUGAGAUUCAUAGGAAUUAUCGCGCUUAGGAGUUUGUUAGGUGUUAAGAAUGAAGUGCUUAAUAUUGAUACUUACGUAGAUAUAAAAGAUGUACUUUUGUUCAUUCCAUUAAGUUUUGGUUGCCUGUAGGAUGUUAAUUUAGAUUGCUCCGACUCUGUUGUACAGUAUUUGUUUUGUAAUAUGUUACUGAGGAUAAUUAAUAAAGAUGUUUAGGGGUA